UACAGGCAGAAUCACGGUUUCAUCGUCGGCACGUUUUCGCUUGCCGGGCUGAGCUUCAGAAUUCGAUUGCAUUUUCCCGCUGUCGUGUUAGUCCUUGUGUGAUACCUUUGGAUGAUAUAGACGUGUCCUAAAAAUGCCGAAGAUCAACACUGUGCGGAUACAUCCGACGGCUCUGUUCACCAUCGUCGACUCGUACGAACACCGACCCCAGGCCCAGGACCGUGUCAUCGGUACACUCCUAGGAACUUUCGAUUAUGCCAAGGGAGCUGUUGAAGUAACCAGUGCUUUCCAUGUGAACCACAGUGAAACGGGCAAAGAGGUGGCCCUGGAUAUGGAGUACGCCAAGACAACUACAGCACUCCACUUUCGGGUGAACCCGACUGAACAGGUCAUCGGGUGGUUUGCGACUGGCGCUGAAAUUACCGACACCUCAGUUUUGAUACACUCGUAUUAUUGCUCUCUGACGAAGAAUCCGCCCGUGCACCUCACAGUCGAUACCACGAUGAAAGAGAGCGACGCCCGGAUGGGUAUCAAAGCCUACUUGGGCGUCAGCUUCGGUGUUCCAAAUAGAACGAUCGGAACUAUGUUCCCGCCCUGCAAAGUCGAAAUCCAGGGCUACGAAGAGGAAAUGGUCGCUCUGCGGCUGUGCAAGAGAACAAAGAGUAGCCGUCUCACUCAAGGCGUCGCCCUCCCUUCAGAGUUAGCCACCGUAAUCGAAGCCUGCUCAGAAAUGCGUUCCAUGCUCAAAAUUGUCAUGACAUACGUCGACGAUGUCCUCGCGGGCCGCAGAGAAGCCGACAAUUCGGUUGGCAGACUCCUAAUGGAUAUGAUGCACUCGAUUCCGAAGAUGGACAAUGAAAGAUUCCAGGAAGUUCUCAAUGGUGACAUGAAGGAUCUUCUCAUGGUCACCUUCUUGACAAUGAUAACUAAGGCGCAAUUGUCGGUCAACGAGAAAUUCUGUCUCAUCUAGAUAAUAUCAUG